AUGCUAUGUUUAAGGAGAACCUUACAAGUGAAAAAAUUAGAAUUUUGGGAUGAAAUAUUAUUUGCAUAUAGACAGCAAAUAGCAUUUGGUUAGAAAGAGAAUUUUGGCCUAUUGUAAAUAAUCACAGAUAAAUUUUUGGAUGUUUAAUAAAAGAGAAUUGCUUACCACAUUAGAAUAUGUAUGGAAAAUAAAAAAAGUAAGAGAAGUAAAAGAAGUCUAAUAGAAGAGAGUAUUGAAAAUAAUCCAAUAGAUUCUAUUAAAUCUGAAAUAAAAUGUCUUAAUAGUAAUUCUAAAAAAGGACAUUAUUAAAGAUAAGAAGAAUAUCAAAAUGAGAUAAAUGAAGAUUGCGAAGAUGCAUAGAAUGGCUAGCAAGAAGAAAAUGAUGAUUAUGAAUAUAUAUACGAUGACAAAUAAACAAUGAAUGAGCAUUCAUCCACUGAUAAUAAAAGUUUAAAUAAAGAAGAAAAUGAAAGUUAUGAAUUCUGUUAUUAAGAUGAAGAAAUAUAACCUUAAUUGCAAAAAAUUAAGUAUGUCACUAAAGAAAAAGCUGAAAAAGAAAGAAAACUUAAAAAAAUACUAGAAUAAUUAGAAAAUUUAAAUAAAAUAAAUACCAAUUAAGCUGAGGAUAACCCUCCAUCAUAAAAUUCUAACGAGUAAUGGUUUUACUCAAAUGUUAAAUUAGUAACCAAAAAGAAAAAUAAAAAAUAAUCUGCUAACAUUUAUUGA